GUCCCGUGAGCGCCGGUCGGAGUCAGUGUUACGGAUAAACACUGAAGAUACUGAUGAGCACGCGGAUAGCCAGUUGGAAUGUGUGGAAGAAGAAGCGGAGGGAACAGACGAACCCAGCCAAACGGCCACGGGCGACGCACCAGGUACGUAG